CAAUCAUAAAGAGAAAGGGAUUUGGAAGGUUUUUCUUGUCUUACCCUAAAUGUUUGAGAUCCUGACUGCCUGCAUUAUUGUUUGUACUGCUCUUUCGAGCAGCCUGGAUAUACUGUAGGUUCUCACUGAGGAGGAAAAAUAAUGAAUUUUUUCACUGUCGUAUCAUGUGUUGUUGGGAUCUAUUUUGCCUCAUCGGCUACAUCUUUCCAUGUAAAGCAUGAUGUCGGGCAUGAGCAAAGGAUAAACAGAAGUAUGCAAGAGCAAGAAACUACAGACAACACUGGGGAGAAAAUGAUCAGCGAGCCAGUAAGAAUAAUUGAGAGAAGACAAAACACACAAAUUAUUGGACAUAGCAAAUUCAAAUUAGAUGAAUUUCCACAGGAACACUUAAUGAAUUUAGAUAACAAAAAAAGUAGAAACAAUAGUCUACCUGACCAGGAUGGCAAACAAGGACAAAAUGAUUAUAUUAAUAGAUAUGAAAACGAGGAUAAGCACGAAGAAGACAGCAAUGAAGAUACAGCUGUUAUUUGGAUCUCAGGAGAUCCUGAGCAAAAACAUAACAUUCAGACAUAUGACAGUGAAGAUCAACAAAGUGGAGAUGGAUUGACUUCAGCAGAAGACCCAGAGCUACAUGAAAAUUUGGAAAUGGAGUUAAAUAUUGUGAGUGUGAAACUGGAUGGGGAUAGCAGUAAAGAGUACUUAAAUAUUCCAGAGGAGAUGGAUGAAGACUUAAAAUAUGUUCUUAACAGUACUUUGCAUGACCAAAACAUGAAUGCUGAACUCUCAAAUAAAACUUCCAAGGAUCAUAUUUUACAAAAUACUAAAGGCAUUUUAUCAGACUCAGAAAGUGAACCCAACAACAACAAAGACGAUAAUGAUAACAAGGAAUCUCAUGAUAGGGCCAAAAUUGAAAAUAAUUUUUUAUUAUAUGCAAAAAAGGGCAGAAACAUGACAACACUUUUAAAUGAUAUUGACUUCAUACAGAAAGAAGAAGUGGAAGAAGAGGAAACCACUCACCAAUCAAUGGAGAGUGCUGACAGUGGAGGUGAUGUGCCAGAGUACCACAACAACUUUAGGCAAAAGGAAAAUAUCACAGAUCAAACUCUUACUACUCAUUCACCUGAAAAUGCAGAAAUUGGUUUAAACCACAGCCAUGUGCAGGAAAUUGAUUCUGCUUUGAAGAAAAUUAUUAAAAUUGUUGAAACAAACAAGACAAAACUACCUGAUUCAUGUUCCAACUUUCACUGUAAAAGAGGGAAGAUGUGUAAAACCGAUGGAAAUGGAAACCCAUUAUGUGCUUGCCAAGAUCCAGACCUCUGUCAACCCACUAACCUAAAUGAUCGGGUAUGUGGCACAGAUAACAAGACAUACAGCAGUGAUUGUUAUCUCUUUGCAACAAAGUGUCAACUAGAUGGAACAAAGGAAGGAGGCCAUCUUCAUCUGGAUUAUCAAGGACCAUGCAAAUACAUCCCACCAUGUACAGACUAUGAACUUGCUAAUUUUCCCUUCAGAAUGAGAGACUGGCUGAAAAAUGUUCUUAUACAACUUUAUGAAGGGUGUCUGGAAAAUCCAGACCUUCUCUCCGAGAAGCAGAGAAACAAGGUUAAUAAAAUCUAUGAGAAUGAGAAGCGUCUACAAGAGGGUGAUCAUAACAUUGAACUCUUGGUGAAGGAUUUUCAGAAAAACUAUCACAUGUAUGUGUAUCCUGUUCACUGGCAAUUUAGCCAGCUUGAUCAACAUUCUAUAGACAGGCUACUUACAAGAUCAGAACUUUCUGCACUGCGUGCCCCAUUGAUCCCAAUGGAACAUUGCGUGACAGCAUUUUUACAGGGCUGCAACACAAAUGAUGAUAAACACAUUUCCCUUCAGGAAUGGUGUCACUGUUUUGGAAUCAAAGAUGGUGAUAUAGAUGAAAAUCUUUUGUUCUGAAUAAAGCCUAUUAUUCCAUGCUCAGUCUAAGAUUGUGACUUCCUUGACAAGAUAUGGAACAGAAACAUAUUAUCUACAACAAACAAGGGACACAAGUUCCACUUGAUUCUUUGACACAAUCCUGGAAUAUCUUAGAAAAUAGCAAUUAAUAAUCUAAUACUGACAUAUCUGUGUGCUUACUAAUGUUAACAUACAUUUUUUUUUUAUUGAAGCCAAGAAAUCACUACUGCUAAAAGAUGUGGGCUGCCACCGGUGACCUCUACCUUUUGAAAUGUUCAUUGUCUGUCAUGCUAAUCAUAUUGCUUCAGGCUAAGUUAUAGCCUGGAACAGGUUUUCACAUACGGAGUUCUGACUUUGUUCCGUCUCAGAGAGAAUCAAAGCCACGGAGAGCUAGGUAACUGAUAUUUUCAGAAGCCAUAUUCAACUAAAUGGUUCAAUCAUUAUAAUUUUUUUUAACCACUUGACCUCUGGAACGUUUUGCCCCCUUCAUGACCAGGGCAUUUUUUGCUAUUCAGCAUUGUGCUAUUUAACUAGCAAUUGCAAUCAUACAACACUACGCAAAUGAACUUUUUAUUAUUUUUUCAUACAAA